CAACAUGACGACAUGGUGUCGAAGAUGAACUCGGACCUGUUCGGGGGAACCGAUGCCGUGGUGAAGUACGUGUUGGAGGGCCACGACCGGGGUGUAAACUGGGCCAGCUUCCACCCAACCCUUCCCCUGGUCAUCUCGGGGGCGGAUGACCGUCAGGUGAAGCUCUGGCGCAUGAACGAGACAAAGGCGUGGGAGGUGCACACCAUGACAGGCCACACCAACAACGUCUCGUGCGUCAUCUUCCACCCCAAGCGGGAGCUGAUCGUCAGCAACAGCGAGGACCGGUCCAUCCGGGUGUGGGACAUCAGCCAGCGCAUGGGCGUGCAGACCUUCCGGCGAGAGAACGACCGCUUCUGGAUACUGGCCGCCCACCCGGAGCAGAACCUGCUCGCUGCCGGCCAUGACAGCGGGAUGAUCGUCUUCAAGCUCGAGAGGGAGAGGCCCGCCUACGACACCCACGCGGCCUCGAGUCUGAGAUACUACGCCCUUUCCUUCUGCCGUCAUGAUUUGGGGUCGUCGUUUGAACCCCCCCCCCUGGCGUAUUUUGUCGGAAUGUCGGACACCCCUGAGGGACUGCAACUGCAAAUUGACGCGGCGAAGAAGUUCACUGAUGAGUGGAGAUUGUCUGCCAACGUUCAGAAGAGUGCCGUCAUGGUAUGCAACGAGAACAAGGAGGAACCAGUAGAACAUAGAUGGAAGUGGGAGAUCGAGGAGAUUGCAGUAGUGGACCAGUACACAUACCUUGGAGUAGAGAUCGCAAAAGACUGCUCGUGGAAUGUACACAUGUCCAAGGUAGCGGAAAAGGGCAAAUCACGAGCAGGGAAGCUGCACCCAAUACUCGCAAACCGGCACCUCGAUACACGCAUCAAAUUGA